UCUUUCCAGCGUUUAUAGGUAAUAUUUGGAUUGAUUAAUCUUCUUUAUAGAUCCAACGUUAACAUCAGCGUCAUCCUUGCUUGAGGCUUUUGCUGUCCACGUAUUUGAAAAAUUCGUGUCUUAAUACAAAGCGAAAAAACUAGGAGUGAAGGCCCAGCGAAAAGAGGAGAAAUUUUUGUAACAGCGAAGGACUUAAUAAAAAGUAUAUGCGUUUUUUUUUGUAAGAAUGCCUUAUUUUAUGGCCGAUGCUUUACGUUUUUUUAAAGCAUUCUUCGCGAUAUUUUGUCAAAUUUCUUGUAUGUACUUUGUUCUGCAAUGUACAUAAUUAUCUUGAAAUUAACGGAAAGUUCAGAAUAUUUUUUGAGUUAAUAUUUUUCAAAAAUAUACACAACAAAGAAGUGAGAGGAAACUAAAAAGGUUUAAGAAUAUAAAUGACCAACUUGAUCAAUAUGUAUAAACCGUCAGAAACUCCAUUUACUUCGGCCCCAACGUUCCUACUUAGAGGAUCUAACAUUGCAGAUCUCCAAACCCCAACUUAUCUUCCCGUUGAUUUUUGUGUUCACAAUAUUCGUAGGAGAGCGAACCUAUAGUUAUUUAUUUGCUAUUUCCGUUUUUAAUUUUAGGAAUGUACCUGGUAGCGAAAUUUCAGCAAGUAUUUCACGCCAGUUGAAUCCUCAUUGGCUGUUCACAGCGUUUAUGGAAUCAAUUGAUUUUGAUCAGUCGCUCCUGCUUGAUCUUCUUAUUUCUUCGGAAACGAGAUUCCUCGAGUACCUUCUACAGUACCUCCACUUCGUAAUUAGCGACUGGAAGGCAUUUAUUCAGUGCCUGGAGAGCUAUAAGGGAAAUGCUAUUUACCGCGAGGUAGAAGCUACGGGAGAAGAUUUCAUCAGCUUGGACCAAAAGCAAUUGGAGUCGUUUUUUGGUCUUUCAAAUGAUCAAGUGGCGGAGGAAAACAGGCAAUCAUUUUGUAGGAAACAGAAUAAACCAGUUGCAGAAGAUGGUGUUGUUUUGAAGAACAAAGAAAUUUCAGUGUCUGGAGAUUCUUCCUUAAACACUGACAUUAAUGGAAGUUUUAUCAGCUUCCAAAAGCCCGGAAGAAAACGGGACGCGUCUGGUGGACACGUUUUCGACACUGUGCACAGCUCGGAAAUCUGCAACCAACCCAUUUGUGGUGUCCCGAAAAAGAAAAAUCAAAGAGAAGUUGGUGAAAUAAUUGGCUUGAAAAGCAUUGCCAUGGCGUACUCUUCAAGCGAUGAGUCGGACGUAGGAGUUGAAGAUAAUGACGAGGAUGCAAGAACUUCCAUUCAAGUUAAUGCGUUCAACAAGAACACAAGCGCAUCUUGCCUGCAUUCUCAAACAACAACAUCUCUUUUACUGGAUGACGGAAACCUGAAUGUAGGCAAAUUUGAUAGUCAACCGGAGCGCGAAAAAACUCAGACAUCAACUAUUUUAUUAUCUGAGAAUUUAGACAAGAUCAUGACAAUGUUGAUUCGGCUGAGGAUCGCCAUAACAAGACUCUCAAAGACCGGCCAUUUCCCUUAUUGUGCUUCUCCAUUAUUAGCGCUAAUGGAGACUGUCGAAAAAACUUACGAUGGCUGUUAA